GGGCCCUCACUGGCUGUCUUCGGUCUCCGCCCCGAGAUCAGGGCCCAGCCACGUGGUGGGGCGGACCGGGGCGGUCCUGAGCCUUCGACCUCACAGGACCCUGAGUCCAGUUCACAGUCUGGAGCUGUUGCUGAGGGACUAGCGUGAGUCAAGCGACAGGAGAGUGAGCUCGCCACGCAGAGCGCCAUGACCAGCAAGAAUCCCGAGGAGGAGCAUCCCUCCGUGACGCUCUUCCGCCAGUACCUGCGCAUCCGCACCGUCCAGCCCAAGCCUGACUAUGGAGCUGCGGUGGCCUUCCUUGAGGAGAGAGCCUGCCAGCUGGGCCUGAGCUGCCAGAAAGUAGAGGUGGCACCUGGCUAUGUGGUGACCGUGCUGACCUGGCCAGGCACCAACCCUACACUCUCCUCCAUCUUGCUCAACUCCCACACGGAUGUGGUGCCUGUCUUCAAGGAAUAUUGGAGUCACGACCCCUUUGAGGCCUUCAAGGAUUCUGAGGGCUACAUCUAUGCCAGGGGCGCCCAGGACAUGAAGUGCAUCAGCAUCCAGUACCUGGAGGCUGUGAGGAGGCUGAAGGUGGAGGGCCACCAGUUCCCCAGAACCAUCCACAUGACCUUUGUGCCUGACGAGGAGGUUGGGGGUCACCAAGGCAUGGAGCUGUUCGUGCAGCGGCCAGAGUUCCAGGCCCUGAGGGCAGGCUUCGCCCUGGAUGAGGGCCUGGCCAACCCCACUGAUGCCUUCACUGUCUUUUAUAGUGAGCGGAGUCCCUGGUGGGUACGGGUCACCAGCACUGGGAGGCCAGGCCACGGCUCACGCUUCAUCGAGGACACAGCAGCAGAGAAGCUGCACAAGGUUGUGAGUUCCAUCCUGGCAUUCCGGGAGAAGGAAUGGCAGAGGCUGCAGUCAAACCCCCACCUGAAAGAGGGGGCCGUGACCUCUGUGAACCUGACUAAGCUAGAGGGUGGCGUGGCCUAUAACGUGGUACCUGCCACUAUGAGCGCCAGCUUUGACUUCCGCGUGGCACCGGAUGUGGGCUUAAAGGCUUUCGAGGAGCAGCUGCAGAGCUGGUGCCAGGCAGCUGGUGAGGGGGUCACCUUUGAGUUUGUUCAGAAGUGGACACAGCCCCAAGUGACACCUACUGAUGACUCAAACCCCUGGUGGGCAGCUUUUAGCCGGGUCUGCAAGGACAUGAACCUCACUGUGGAGCCUGAGAUCCACACUGUUGCCACCGACAGCCGCUAUCUUCGCGCGGUGGGGGUCCCAGCUCUAGGCUUCUCACCCAUGAACCGCACACCUGUGCUGCUGCACGACCAUGAUGAGCGGCUGCAUGAGGCGGUGUUCCUCCGUGGGGUGGACAUAUAUACACGCCUGCUGCCUGCCCUUGCCAGUGUGCCUGCCCUGCCCAGUGAGAGCUAAGCCCUGGAAUUCCUCAACCUCUGCCCCUGGGGCUUCCAUCCCAACCAGUACCAAUGACCCCCUCUUCCCCCUUCCAAAUAAUAAAGUCUGUGGACAGGGCUGUCUCUGAAGUACUAACAGCAAG